AUGCCCGGGAUGCCCGCCGAUCGAACAACGACAGUCAGCUACGCCGUUGAUCUACUGCGAGCUCAUCAGCUACGCCGUGAAAAUGCAUUCCUGCUCAAAGAAGUGCACGCCUGCCGCAACGAGAUUGUCGCCAUCCACGAAGAAUUGAAAGAAAUGAGGUCAACGGUCGAGAAAUGUCAUACUAUGUCUGCAGCUACAUGCACUCACUCGGACGAGCUCAGGGUUCGAGCGGAGGAGCACGCCCGUGAGCUCUUUGAUAUCAAGGCGGCCUUCCAGGCCACGAAAGGCGACGUUGAAGAUCUCAAGAUUGCGUACGACAGGAUCUAUAAGAACGUACAAGCGGAAGUGCCACUGGUCAAGAAAUCAAUUGACCUCGCACGAGAGGACUGCGAAAGAGUUGGAGACGAACAUACCAAGCAAUUUGACGACGUCAAGGCCAGUGUUGCAGCAUUGCAAGUUCUUGUUGACGAGAAAGCGGACAUGGCACUUCUGGAAACGUUGGAGUCGAGGGUGAAUCAACUCACCUUACCGGGAAUCGUCCCACAUAUUGCUGUACGUUCUCCUAGUCGAGUUCCGGACAGUUUUGAACGUGAGUCAGGCGGUAGUGGCAUUGUACGUCCCUUACUGACCUUCUCUUUAGGUGCAAACGGAGUCCAAGUUCUAGACUCACAGCCAGCAGACGGACAUGAAGACAUUCCUCGGUCGCAAAGUCCCGGUCUCCCUCAUGUAGCCAUCCCAAAGACAGCCAAUGCAACGAUACUCAGCGAUAUCGACCUCGACGCCAAAGCUGAGACGAUCAGCUAUGCCGGACACCAAUAUCAUGCUCUUACGGAACUCGAUUCAUUGAGAUUCUUACCCGAACCACAGGCACCAGCCUCGGAAUUAGCCAAGAUAAACACGUUGCGGCAAAAGAGGUUCGAAGAUUGGGCUGAAUACUACCUCACGGGUCAGAAACUCAAGGCUGCCUUGCCAGAUUCGUUCGAAGAGCCCAUCGUUCGGAGAUUUGUCGAGGGUGUAUUUCAGGAGAGUCGGAAGAGGCAAUGUCAGCAGUGGCUUGACUCUGAAGGCUGGACAUGGGACAACGUGACCUUAUUCAACGAUAUGCUCUCGCAAGAUCCGAAGCCCUCGGAACCAUGCAGCGAGUCGGGGAGAGCAAAAGUGUCAUUGUAUUCGGAGAAGAUUGGACGAAUUGUCAAAGAGAGGGAAGAGCCCAAAACAGGAGUCAAGAGGACUGGUGUGUCGAAGAAGCUUGCAAGGAAGCAGCACCUGGAUGCUAACACAGAGCCGGUGCGGCGCAGCCAACGGCUCAUCGAGAAAGAAACACAAACAGCUCAUACUGCGCACGUUAGCUUGUCGAAUAACCCGAAGCCACGAAAACCAGCUGCCAAAAGAAAUAGAGACCACCACGAACAACAGUCCUUGUCAAACACCGUGGGCAUCAGCGACAAGCUGGGCAAUGCGACGGCUGAGGCCAAUAAAGAGGUGGAAGUCCAGCAAACAAGCGCGCAGGCGGAGGCCAAGGACAAGGAGACAUCGACGUGCAUGGGAAAGAUGGUUACGACGCCCCCACUGCAAAGAACCAACUCCAGGCCGGAAACUCGCGGAAUUGAAGUUGUUCGGCGCCGCGAUCAACUCUUACCUCAACUGGUGCCGCAAAAACGGCCCCUGAAAGACACGGCAGAAGACAGUAGCGAUGAUGCUGGGUAUCUGUACGGACAGGGCCCUGCCAAACGUGUUGUCAGUGAGGAGCAGAGUCGAGUAAGACGCCCUAAGGAGCGACGUCUGCCUCUUCCACCACCACCAGAAAUACCCAUUCUGCCAACUUCAAGCGAUGAAUAA